GUUUCGAAAGUUUUGGUAGUGGUUUUGUUAGUUGUGAACCCAUGAAAUCAUCAAAAAUGGAGACUCACACCAAGCUUCUGUUUGCUGCGUGUGCCACUUUAUCCAUCAUACUUCUUGUUCAAUCUCAGAAUCAACAAGGAUUCAUCAGUUUGGAUUGUGGAUUACCUUCUAAUGAGUCUCCUUACAACGAAGCAAAUAGCAAUCUCACGUACAUAUCCGAUGCCAAUUUCAUCCAAGGAGGAAAAACUGGUAAUGUCCAAAAAGACUUGGUUAUGAAACUCAGGAAGCCAUAUACGGUUUUGAGAUACUUUCCCGAUGGAAUUCGAAAUUGUUACCGUAUAAAUGUCACGCAAGACACAAAUUAUCUAAUCAGGGCUAUGUUCCGAUAUGGAAACUAUGACGGGCUUAACAUGUCUCCAAGAUUCGUCCUCUAUCUUGGUCCUAAUAUUUGGACAACCAUAGAUAUGGGGAAGUCAGGUGAUGGAGUUCUCGAGGAGAUCAUUCACAUCACAAGGUCUAACAUCUUGGAGAUAUGUCUCGUCAAGACAGGGACGAGUACACCAAUUAUAUCUUCCAUAGAAUUGAGACCCUUUCUAUAUGAUACUUAUACUGCUCAAACCGGUUCCUUGAGGAGUUAUAACCGAUUCUAUUUCACCAAUUCAAACAACUAUAUACGUUAUCCCCAAGAUGUGCAUGAUAGAAUUUGGAUUCCGUUGUUAUUACCAGAAUGGACGAAUAUAAACACAACCCACCACGUUAUUGAUUCUAUAGAUGGCUAUGACCCACCACAAGAUGUACUUAGGACCGGCGCCAUGCCGGCUAAUGCCAGUGAUCCAAUGACCUUUACCUGGAAUUUGGAGACGGCUACUGACCAAGUUUAUGGUUAUAUUUACACGGCUGAGAUCACGGACGUCCCGGCCAAUGAAACUAGAGAAUUCGAAGUUGUGGCAAAUGAUAAAGUUCGUUUCGAUCCUUUCCGUCCUACCAAGUUUGAAGCACAGAUUAUGUUCAACGAUGUACCACUGACAUGCGAGGGAGGAUUUUGUCGUGUGCAGCUUAUAAAAACUCCGAGAUCGACUCUUCCACCUUUGAUGAAUGCUUUCGAAAUUUUCACGGUCAUUGAGUUUCCACAAUCAGAAACAAAUCAAAAUGAUGUCAUUGCUCUAAAGAAGAUUCAAGCUACUUAUGGACUGAACAGAAUCAGCUGGCAGGGUGAUCCAUGUGUCCCUAAACAAUUUUCGUGGCCUGGCUUAAGCUGCAACGUAAUUGAUCUGUCCACACCACCAAGAAUCGUGAAAUUAGAUUUGUCUUCAAGUGGAUUAAAUGGAGUUAUAUCACCUAGCAUACAAAAUCUAACCCAACUUCAAGAACUGGACUUGUCCCAAAACAACUUGACUGGUGAAGUGCCUGAAUUUCUAGCCAAGAUGAAAUCUUUGUUGGUCAUAAACUUAAGUGGAAACAAACUUAGCGGUUUGGUUCCUCAAGCCCUUCUUGAUAGAAAAAAGGAAGGAUUAAAGCUAUUGGUUGACGAAAAUAUGAUUUGUGUGUCUUGCCGUACAAGAUUCCCAACAGCCGCGGUUGCGGUGUCUGUUUCUUUGGUGGCCAUUAUCAUACUUGUGUUAGUUCUCAUAUUUGUUUUAAGAAGGAGAAAGCCACCUGCUGGGAAAGUUAGACGCUCAUCCUUCAAGUCGAAAAAUAGAAGAUUUACUUACUCUGACGUUAAGGAAAUGACAAAUAACUUUCAAGUUGUUCUUGGUAAAGGAGGGUUCGGUGUUGUCUAUCAAGGAAACCCUGGUGGUUCUGUUUUGAGCUGGCCGAUAAGACUUAAAAUAGCUCUUGAAUCCGCCAUAGGAUUCAUCAGUUUGGAUUGUGGGUUACCUUCUAAUGAAUCUCCUUACAACGAACAAUUCACCAAUUUAACAUACAUAUCUGACGCCAGUUUCAUCCGCGGAGGAAAAACUGGUCAUAUCCAAAAUAGCUCAGAGUCAAACUUUACCUGGAAGCCAAACAGGGUUUUAAGAUACUUUCCGGAUGGAAUAAGAAAUUGCUAUAGUCUGAGUGUCACGCAAGACACGAACUAUAUAAUCAGGACCGUGUUUGUAUAUGGCAACUACGAUGGUCUUAAGAAUCCUCCAAGAUUUGACCUUUAUCUUGGUCCCAAUAUUUGGACAUCCUUAGAUCUUGGAAAAUCGGGUUUCGCUGCGACUGAGGAGAUCAUUCACAUCACAAGGUCUAACAGUUUAGAUAUAUGUCUUGUUAAGACAGGGACAAGCACACCAUUGAUAUCAGCCAUUGAGUUAAGACCCUUGCCUUAUGAUAUUUAUAAUGCUAAAACAGGUUCCUUGAAGAGUAUAGUCCACCUCUAUUUUACCACUUCCGAAAAAAUUAUAAGUUACCCCAAAGAUGUGUAUGAUCGUAUUUGGCUUCCAUACUUCCAAUCGGACUGGACUCAAAUCAACACAACCCUCAACAUCAAAGAUUCUUCCCGUGGCUAUGCCCCGCCGCGUGAUGUAAUUUCGACUGCAGCCAUACCGACUAAUGCCAGUGGGCCAUUGACCAUAAUCUGGAAUCUGGAAACCUCUGAUGACGAAAUGUAUGGCUACCUUUACUUCGCCGAGAUCCAAAAGUUGAAGGCCAAUGAAACCAGGGAAUUCAAAGGUGUAGCAAAUGGUAAAGUUUAUUUCGAUGCUUAUAGUCCUAUGAAAUUGGAAGCACAUACUCUCUCCAACUCUGUACCGCUGAAAUGCGAGGGAGGGGUAUGUCAUCUGCAGCUCUUAAAAACGCCUAGGUCCACUGUACCACCCCUAAUGAAUGCUUUAGAGAUUUUUACCAUCAUACGUUUUCCACAAUCAGAGACGAAUACAGAUGAUGUCAUUGCCAUCAAGAAAAUCCAAUCUACUUAUCAAUUGAGUAGAAUCAGCUGGCAAGGAGAUCCAUGUGUUCCUAAACAGUUCUCGUGGAUUGGCGUAAGCUGCAACGUUACUGAUGUCUCCACACCACCAAGAAUCAUAGCAUUAGAUUUGUCUUCAAGCGGAUUAACUGGAGUUAUACCACCUAGCAUACAGAAUCUAACUCAGCUUCGAGAAUUGGAUUUGUCGAAUAAUAACUUGACUGGAGAAGUGCCUGAAUUUCUAGCCAAGAUGAAAUCGUUGUUGGUCAUAAACUUAAGAGGAAACAAUCUUAGUGGUUCUGUUCCUCAAGCCCUUCUCGAUAGAGAGAAGGAUGGAUUAAAGCUAUCUGUUGAUGCAAAUAUAAAGCAACAAGGGUCAGGCCAACCAAGAUCCAGAUCCCCUGUCGUGUUGAUUGUUGUGUCUCUUGUUUGUGUGGCCAUUAUCAUAAUUGUGUUGGUUCUCAUCUUUAUUUUCCGGAAGAGAAAGCAAUCAACUCGCAAAGUUGUACGUCCAUCACUCGAAAUGAAAAAUAGAAGAUUUACGUAUUCAGAGGUCAAGGAAAUGACUAAUAACUUUCAAGUUGUUCUCGGUAAAGGAGGCUUUGGUGUUGUUUGUCAUGGUUUUCUAAACAAUGAACAAGUAGCCGUUAAAGUUCUCUCUCAAUCAUCAACUCAAGGCUACAAGGAAUUCAAAACAGAGAGGCUCGAUUAUGGAUUCAAUGGCUAUGAGGUGCCUCACACACCUCGAGCUGCUAGAUCACCAAGAAAGAGUGCUUUCAAGAAGAAGAGCGAAAACCAUCAAAUAUCGUCUUUCGAUUUGUUGGCUGCAGUAGCUGGAAAACUGUUGCUUGAAGGUGGAAAUUCUUCUUCCUCAAGUAACAACACCGCUGGUAAUCAUGAAGAUCACUGUGCAGUUAAGAAAGAACCGCUAAAUGGCGGCGAUAUAAUGGUGGAAGAAGAGACUACUAAUUGUGAUCAUGAUAACAAUGCUGAAAGGAGUUUCUUUGUCUCUGAGAUUCUUCCAAAAUCUCAUGAAAUGCAAAGCUUUAACAGAUCUCCAAGUCCCCUUAAAGAGUUCCAUUUUGGAUCUUCUUCUGGUAUAACUUCUGAUUCCUCGGAGAAGUUUGAAACUCACGAAUUGGCGUAUGAUGAAUCCAAGAUCAAUAAUGGUGAUUGCUAUAGAACAGAGUCUAACGAUAAGAGAUCAAUGCAUGGGGGACUGAAUUUUGAAGCAAAGUUAUCAAGGAAUGUUGUAGCUAAGGAUGAGAAUCAUAUAGGUAGUGGAUUCAGGAAACCAAUUCCCCAAAAUCCUUCAGCAUGCUCUGAUGAUAUAGAUUUACACGGUAAGGAAAAUGAUGAUGGCGAAAACUUCCCAGCAUGUUACAGAACAAAAUCAUUUAGGUCAACUCUGCGUAUCGGAGAUAGAAGAAUAAGGAAAGUUUUGGCUUCCAAGUAUUGUAAAGUCCCUCCAAAGCUGAAAGAUACAACGGUACCUAAUUCAGACUUGGACUUGAAGUCUGAUUACUAUAGCAAGAAACAUUGUCUUAAAAGCUUAAGAUCCGAGAGGAACUAUCCAAUCAAGAAAAGAAGAUACUUUGAUGGUUAUACAGCAUCACAAUCCGAGGAAACAAGUAAAAAUGAAGGCCUUUCUGGUUCACCUCGAAAGGCUUCAGCUUUUUUAUCUUCCAUAGCUUGUCAGAAGCAGCCAGCAUUCCAAUCAUCAAGAGAAUCUAACGUGAAACUUGGAAUCAAGUCAUUUAGAGUUCCUGAACUUUUCAUUGAAAUUCCAGAGACCGCUACUGUCGGUUCGCUAAAGAGGACAGUCUUGGAAGCUGUGACCUCGAUACUUGGAGGUGGAUUACGCAUAGGUGUUCUUGUUCAUGGAAAAAAGGUUAGAGACGACAGUAAAAUGCUUCUUCAGACUGGACUCUCUCUAGACACUCUUUCAGAUAAUUUAGGGUUUUGUCUUGAGCCCAAUCCUCCACAAUCCACAAAACCGCUUUCUCCUGAAGAUUCUGACUUUGCGCGUCCAUGUAAUGUACCUCACACUCUAACAAGGUGUUUCCCAUCACCAGGGAAGCAUGCUAAACCGAGUAAUUCUGUAGAAAGUGACCUUGACUCCAAACCCUCUGCACCAAAUAGGGGUAAAACCAUCUACUCCAGAGCCUUGAUUCCUGUCCCUCUGCAUGCUCAGGCUUUGACAGUAGUCCCACCUCGGAAAACCAAGCGAUCUGAGGUGGCACAGCGUAGAAUCCGUCGACCUUUUUCAGUUGCAGAAGUAGAGGCCCUUGUUCAAGCUGUGGAGAGACUUGGGACCGGAAGGUGGCGUGAUGUAAAAUUGCGAGCUUUCGAUAAUGCUAAGCACCGUACUUACGUUGAUUUGAAGGACAAAUGGAAGACGCUGGUGCACACAGCAAGAAUAUCGCCGCAACAAAGGAGAGGUGAGCCAGUUCCACAGGAGCUCUUAGACCGGGUACUAACGGCUCAUGCCUACUGGUCCCAGCAACAGGGGAAACACCAGUUGCUAGAGGGACCCCAGCAGCUCGAGACCAGUCUUGGUCUAUAGGCCGGGAUAAAAAUGUUAUCCUCGCAACGUGAUAAUGGACGUUAGCAGGAUAAACCUGGAAUUUUUUC